AUGAGACCACAAACUAGAAGUAAGUCACUGAGUGAUGAAGAAAACCUGAAACUCUUUGGGAAAUGCAACAAUCCAAACGGACAUGGACACAACUAUAAAGUUGUAGUGACUGUGCGUGGAGAGAUUGAUCCUACGUCAGGAAUGGUUAUAAACCUGACAGCCCUGAAAGAAUAUAUGCAGGAAGCCAUCAUGGAGCCACUUGACCACAAGAACCUGGAUAAAGACGUGGCUUACUUUGCUGAUGUUGUCAGUACGACUGAGAAUGUGGCAGUGUACAUCUGGGAAAACCUCCAGAAGCGCCUGCCUGCGGGGACUCUUUAUAAAGUCAAAGUGUAUGAAACGGACCAGAACAUCGUUGUGUACAAGGGGGAAGAGACGACUCUUGAGAAAUGAAAUUCAACCCAGCUGAUCACAGUCUUCUGAGGAAUUAAUCGAACCAGUAUAUCAAUGGAGUAUACCAUGGUGUAUCUAUGACAUGUAGACAGUGAUUUUGUAGAGUUUUUUUUUUUUUUUUUUUAAAUAUAAGGUCAUUUUUAGGUAAUUAAAGACAAUUAUUGUGGCAAGCUAA